AAUGAAAACGCAGCAUACAUAGCGCUUACACGAUUAUAGCCAAUCAGCGUGCCUGACAGGCAGCUUUGGCCCGCGUACACCCAUCCAAUCAGAGAGCAGGACUGUUGAUGCUGCCAGCCAAUAGGAACGCUGCUCUGGGUUUCUGCGCUAAUAAGCUGUCUGUUGUGAAGAGGCGGAGGAAUGGCGGGAGUAAUGGAGUACAGGAAAGCUGCGGAUCUGUAUCAUCGGUUAAAGGUGGGUAUCGGCUGCCCAUGGCGCCCACCGUCUGCCGGAGAAACCGGCUCCUUCUCGUUACCGGGUGACAGACCCAACCGAGCACUGAUACCCACCGUCCAUCGUGUAGCUCCGCCGGACUACAUUACCCAGAAACUCCUGGCAGCUACUUCAAUGGCUGAGCAUCAUGGGAAAUGUAGUCCGUGGCCACAGAGUGUCAGAGGUUAACCAGUAAGAGUGUUAGAGGAUAACUGUCACUGCAGCAGCAAUAUACACAGUGAGCCUGGCAGCCACAAUAAUAUUAAUACUAAUAAUAAUAAUACAGUGUAUAAUACAGGAAUAAUAAUAAUACUAAUACAGUGUAUAAUACAGGAAUAAUAAUAAUACUAAUAAUAAUAUAGUGUAUAAUACAGGAAUAAUAAUAAUACCGUGAAUAAUACAGGAAUAAUAAUAAUAAUACAGUGUAUAAUACAGGAAUAAUAAUAAUACUAAUACAGUGUAUAAUACAGGAAUAAUAAUAAUACCGUGAAUAAUACAGGAAUAAUAAUACUAAUAAUAAUACAGUGUAUAAUACAGGAAUAAUACUAAUAAUAAUAGUGUAUAAUACAGGAAUAAUAAUAAUACUAAUACAGUGUAUAAUACAGGAAUAAUAAUAAUACUAAUAAUAAUAUAGUGUAUAAUACAGGAAUAAUAAUAAUACCGUGAAUAAUACAGGAAUAAUAAUAAUAAUACAGUGUAUAAUACAGGAAUAAUAAUAAUACUAAUACAGUGUAUAAUACAGGAAUAAUAAUAAUACUAAUAAUAAUAUAGUGUAUAAUACAGGAAUAAUAAUAAUACCGUGAAUAAUACAGGAAUAAUAAUAAUACCGUGAAUAAUACAGGAAUAAUAAUACUAAUAAUAAUACAGUGUAUAAUACAGGAAUAAUAAUAAUACUAAUACAGUGUAUAAUACAGGAAUAAUAAUACUAAUAAUAAUAUAGUGUAUAAUACAGGAAUAAUAAUAAUACCGUGAAUAAUACAGGAAUAAUAAUACUAAUAAUAAUACAGUGUAUAAUACAGGAAUAAUAAUAAUACUAAUACAGUGUAUAAUACAGGAAUAAUAAUACUAAUAAUAAUAUAGUGUAUAAUACAGGAAUAAUAAUAAUACCGUGAAUAAUACAGGAAUAAUAAUAAUAAUAAUACAGUGUAUAAUACAGGAAUAAUGAUAAUACUAAUAAUAAUACAGUGUAUAAUACAGGAAUAAUAAUAAUACCGUGUAUAAUACAGGAAUAAUAAUAAUACAGGAAUAAUAAUACCAAUAAUAAUACAGUGUAUAAUACAGGAAUAAUAAUAAUACUAAUAAUACAGUGUAUAAUACAGGAAUAAUAAUAAUACAGUGUAUACUACAGGAAUAAUAAUAAUACAGUGUAUAAUACAGGAAUACUAAUAAUAAUAAUACAGUGUAUAAUACAGGAAUAAUAAUACAGUGUAUAAUACAGGAAUACUACUAAUAAUAAUACAGUGUAUAAUACAGGAAUACUAAUAAUACAGUGUAUAAUACAGGAGUAAUACUAAUAAUAAUACAGUGUAUAAAACAGGAAUAAUAAUACAGUGUAUAAUACAGGAAUACUAAUAAUAAUAAUACAGUGUAUAAUACAGGAAUACUAAUAAUACAGUGUAUAAUACAGGAAUACUAAUAAUAAUAAUACAGGAAUAAUAAUACAGUGUAUAAUACAGGAAUACUAAUAAUACAGUGUAUAAUACAGGAAUAAUAAUACAGUGUAUAAUACAAGAAUAAUAAUACAAUGUAUAAUACAGGAAUACUAAUAAUACAGUGUAUAAUACAGGAGUAAUACUAAUAAUAAUACAGUGUAUAAUACAGUGUAUAAUACAGGAAUAAUAAUAAUAAUACAGUGUAUAAUACAGGAAUACUAAUAAUACAGUGUAUAAUACAGGAAUAAUACUAAUAAUAAUAUAGUGUAUAAUACUAAUAAUAUAGUGUAUAAUACAGGAAUGAUAAUAUAGUGUAUAAUACAGGAAUAAUAAUACUAAUAAUAAUACAGUGUAUAAUACAGGAAUAAUAAUAAUACAGUGUAUAAUACAGGAAUAAUAAUACUAAUAAUAAUACAGUGUAUAAUACAGGAAUAAUAAUAAUAAUACAGUGUAUAAUACAGGAAUAAUAAUACUAAUAAUAAUAUAGUGUAUAAUACAGGAAUAAUAAUAAUACAGUGUAUAAUACAGGAAUAAUAAUACUACUAAUAAUAUAGUGUAUAAUACAGGAAUAAUAAUAAUAAUACAGUGUAUAAUACAGGAAUAAUACUAAUAAUAUAGUGUAUAAUACGGGAAUAAUAAUAAUACAGUGUAUAAUACAGGAAUAAUACUAAUAUAGUGUAUAAUACGGGAAUAAUAAUACAGUGUAUAAUACAGGAAUAAUACUAAUAGUGUAUAAUACGGGAAUAAUACUAAUAUAGUGUAUAAUACAGGAAUGAUAAUAUAGUGUAUAAUACAGGAAUAAUAAUACUAAUAUAGUGUAUAAUACAGGAAUGAUAAUACAUUGUAUAAUACAGGAAUACUAAUAAUAUUAAUAAUACAGUGUAUAAUACAGGAAUAAUAAUAAUACAGUGUAUAAUACAGGAAUACUAAUAAUAAUAAUACAGUGUAUAAUACAGGAAUAAUACUAAUAAUAAUAUAGUGUAUAAUACGGGAAUAAUACUAAUACAGGAAUGAUAAUAUAGUGUAUAAUACAGGAAUAAUAAUACAGUGUAUAAUACAGGAACAAUAAUACAGUGUAAAAUACAGGAAUGAUAAUACAUUGUAUAAUACAGGAAUACUAAUAAUAAUAAUACAGUGUAUAAUACAGGAAUAAUAAUACUAAUAAUAAUAUAGUGUAUAAUACAGGAAUACUAAUAAUAUAGUGUAUAAUACAGGAAUAAUAAUAUAGUGUAUAAUACAGGAAUAAUAAUACUAAUAUAGUGUGUAAUACAGGAAUAAUAAUAAUACAGUGUAUAAUACAGGAAUAAUAAUACAGUGUAUAAUACAGGAAUACUAAUAAUAUAGUGUGUAAUACAGGAAUAAUAAUAAUACAGUGUAUAAUACAGGAAUAAUAAUACAGUGUAUAAAAACAGGAAUAAUAAUAAUAUAGUGUAUAAUACAGGAAUAAUAAUACAGUGUAUAAUACAGGAAUAAUAAUAAUACAGUGUAUAAUACAGGAAUAAUAAUACUAAUAAUAAUAUAGUGUAUAAUACAGGAAUAAUAAUAAUACAGUGUAUAAUACAGGAAUAAUACUAAUAAUAUAGUGUAUAAUAAUACAGUGUAUAAUACAGGAAUACUAAUAAUAAUAAUACAGUGUAUAAUACAGGAAUAAUACUAAUAAUAAUAUAGUGUAUAAUACGGGAAUAAUACUAAUACAGGAAUGAUAAUAUAGUGUAUAAUACAGGAAUAAUAAUACUAAUAUAGUGUAUAAUACAGGAAUAAUAAUAAUACAGUGUAUAAUACAGGAAUGAUAAUACAUUGUAUAAUACAGGAAUACUAAUAACAAUAAUACAGUGUAUAAUACAGGAAUAAUAAUACUAAUAAUAAUAUAGUGUAUAAUACAGGAAUACUAAUAAUACAGUGUAUAAUACAGGAAUAAUAAUAUAGUGUAUAAUACAGGAAUAAUAAUACUAAUAUAGUGUGUAAUACAGGAAUAAUAAUAAUACAGUGUAUAAUACAGGAACAAUAAUAGUGUAUAAUACAGGAAUAAUAAUAAUACAGUGUACAAUACAGUGUAAUACAGGAAUAAUACAGUGUAAUACAGGAAUAAUAAUACAGUGUAUAAAAACAGGAAUAAUAAUAAUAAUAAUAAUAUAGUGUAUAAUACAGGAAUAAUAAUACAGUGUAUAAUACAGGAAUAAUAAUACUAAUAAUAAUAUAGUGUAUAAUACAGGAAUAAUAAUACAGUGUAUAAUACAGGAAUAAUAAUACUAAUAAUAAUAUAGUGUAUAAUACAGGAAUACUAAUAAUACAGUGUAUAAUACAGGACUAAUAAUAAUAAUACAGUGUAUAAUACAGGAAUACUAAUAAUACAGUGUAUAAUACAGGAAUAAUACUAAUAAUAAUAAUAGUGUAUAAUACAGGAAUACUAAUAAUACAGUGUAUAAUAUAGUGUAUAAUACAGGAUCAAUAAUAUAGUGUAUAAUACAGGAUCAAUAAUAUAGUGUAUAAUACAGGAUCAAUAAUACAGUGUAUAAUACAGGAAUGAUAAUAAUAUAGUGUAUAACACAGGAAUAAUAAUACUAAUAUAGUGUGUAAUACAGGAAUAAUAAUAAUACAGUGUAUAAUACAGGAACAAUAAUACAGUGUAUAAUACAGGAAUAAUAAUAUAGUGUAUAAUACAGGAAUAAUAAUAAUACAGUGUAUAAUACAGGAUCAAUAAUACAGUGUAUAAUACAGGAAUGAUAAUACUAAUAUAGUGUAUAAUACAGGAAUAAUAAUAAUACAGUGUAUAAUACAGGAAUAAUAAUACAGUGUAUAAUACAGGAAUACUAAUAAUAAUAUUAAUACAGUGUAUAAUACAGGAAUAAUAAUACAAUGUAAUACAGGAAUAAUAAUAAUACAGUGUAUAAUACAGGAAUAAUAAUAAUACAGUGUAAUACAGGAAUAAUAAUACAGUGUAUAAUACAGGAAUAAUAAUACAGUGUAAUACAGGAAUAAUAAUACAGUGUAUAAUACAGGAAUACUAAUAAUAAUAAUACAGUGUAUAAUACAGGAAUAAUAAUACAGUGUAUAAUACAGGAAUAAUAAUAUAGUGUAUAAUACAGGUACAAUACAGGAAUACUAAUAAUAUUAAUAAUACAGGAAUAAUAAUAUAGUGUGUAAUACAGGAAUAAUAAUAAUACAGUGUAAUACAGGAAUAAUAAUAAUACAGUAUAUAAUACAGGAAUACUAAUACAGUGUAUAAUACAGGAAUACUAAUAAUAUUAAUAAUACAGUGUAUAAUACAGGAAUAAUAAUAGUGUAUAAUACAGGAAUAAUAAUAAUAUAGUGUAUAAUACAGGAAUAAUACUAAUAAUAAUAUAGUGUAUAAUACAGGAAUAAUAAUAUAGUGUAUAAUACAGGAAUAAUAAUAAUAUAGUGUAAUACAGGAAUAAUAAUAUAGUGUAUAAUACAGGAAUAAUAAUAAUACAGUGUAUAAUAAAAGAAUAAUAAUACAGGAAUAAUACUAAUAUAGUGUAUAAUACAGGAAUAAUACUACUAAUAAUACACUGUAUAAAACAGGAAUAACAAUACAGUGUAUAAUACAGGACAAAUAAUACAGUGUAUAAUAUGAAAUAAUACUAAUAAUAAUACAGUGUAUAAUACAAGAAUAAUAAUACUAAUAUAGUGUAUAAUAUGGAAUAAUAAUACUAAUAUAGUGUAUAAUACUAAUAUAGUGUAUAAUAUAAUACUAAUAAUACUAAUAAUAUAGUGUAAAAUACAGGAAUAAUAAUAUUAAUAUAGUGUAUAGUGGACUACAUUACCCUUCAAACCCCUGGCGGCUACUUCAAUGGCUGAGCAUCAUGGGAAAUGUAGGCCGUGCCCACAGAGUGUCAGAGGUUAACCAGUAAGAGUGUUAGAGGAUAACUGUCACUGCAGCAGGAAUAAUAAUACUAAUAAUUAUACAGUGUAUAAUACAGAGAUAAUACUAAUACAGUGUAUAAUACAGGAAUAAUACUACUAAUAAUAUAGUGUAUAAUACAGGAAUAAUAAUAAUACAGUGUAUAAUACAGGAAUAAUACUAAUAAUAAUACAGUGUAUAAUACAGGAAUAAUACUAAUAAUAUAGUGAAUAAUACUAAUAAUACAGGAAUAAUAAUACAGUGUAUAAUACAGGAAUAAUACUAAUAAUAUAGUGUAUAAUACAGGAAUAAUAAUACUUAUACUAAUACAGUGUAUAAUACAGGAAUAAUAAUAUAGUGUAUAAUACAGGAAUAAUAAUACUAAUAAUAAUACAGUGUAUAAUACAGGAAUAAUAAUACUAAUAAUAUAGUGUAUAAUACAGGAAUAAUACUAAUAUAGUGUAUAAUAUGGAAUAAUAUUAUAUAAUGUAAAAUACAGGAAUAAUACUAAUAUAGUGUAUAAUAUGGAAUAAUAUUAAUACUAAUAUAGUGUAUAAUACAGGAAUAAUAUGGAAUAAUACUAAUAUAGUGUAUAAUAUGGAAUAAUAAUAUAGUGUAUUAUACAGAAAUAAUAUGGAAUAAUACAGUGUCUAAUACAGGAAUAAUAUGGAAUAAUACUAAUAUAGUGUAUAAUAUGGAAUAAUAAUAUAGUGUAUUAUACAGAAAUAAUAUGGAAUAAUACAGUGUCUAAUACAGGAAUAAUAUGGAAAAUAGUGUAUAAUAUGGAGUAAUAUAGUGUAUUAUACAGAAAUAAUAUGGAUUAAUACAGGAAUAAUAUGAAUUCAUAUAGUGUAUUAUACAGAAAUAAUAUGGAAUAAUACAGUGUAUUAUACAGAAAUAAUAUGGAAUAAUAUAGUGUAUUAUACAGGAAUAAUAUGGAAUAAUAGUGUAUUAUACAGGAAUAAUACAGUGUAUAAUACAGAAAUAAUAUGGAUUAAUCCAAUGUAUUAUACAGGAAUAAUAUGGAAUAAUACAGUGCAUUAUACUGGAAUAAUACAGUGCAUUAUACUGGAAUAAUAUGGAUUACUAUAGUGUAUAUUAUACAGUGAUUAAUAUUGUGUAUUAUUCAGAAAUAAUAUGGAGUAAUAUAGUGUAUUGUACAGAAAUAGUAUGGAUUAAUAUAGUGUAUAAUACGGAAAUAAGAUGGAAUAAUAUAGUGUAUUAUAAAGUGAUUAGAGAAUGAGGGGGCACGGCUGUACACUGACAGUUAAAAUGUUGCAUUGUGGGGGUUAGUGGGGCUACCCCACAGCAUGCUGAAAUAAUAUAGAAUAAUAUAGGAUAUUAUAAAGUGAUUAGAAAAUGAGGGGGCGCGGCUGCCCACUGACAGUUAAAAUGUUGCAUUGUGGGGGUUAGAGAGGUUACCCCCUGCAUGCUGAAAUAAUAUUAAUUAAUAUAGUGUAUUAUACAGUGAUUCGAGAAUGAGGGGGCACGGCUGCCCACUGACCGGUGAACUGUUGCAUUGUGGGUAUUAGAAGGACUACCUCCUGCAUGCUGGCAUGGUUUAUUUAGGGUUGGAAGAUUCCCCGCCAUGUUUGCCUGGACAGGUACUUGGGGAUCUCAUUCAGUCUGGUUCUAAUGAAUGGGUAUGUGUGUUGCAUCUGGUGAUUGAAUAGCAGAGGCAAUAUGGCUAGACUGCCAUUUAUAAUAAUUUUAUAAAUGCUAUCUUUACGUAUUGUCCGAUACAUGCAGGCAUAGGCUAUGAAAGGACAUUUCCCUGCACUAUAGUUACAUUCUUUAAUUCAUUGUACCAUUAAAUUGGGUUAUAGUAACAAUCCCUGGAUGUUGGGCUUUCCCCAGAACGUACUUGAAAACCAGAGUAAUCUGAAUGUACCUUUCCUGGUUAACCCCUUAAGGACCGAGGACGGUUCAGGACCGUCAUCGGCAUUUUUGCCUUGGCGACCGAUGACGGUCCUGAACCGUCCAAACGGUCUGGGGGUACUUACCUGAUCGCCGUCGUUCCCCCGGCGGCGAUCAGUGUUCCUCCGGUUGUGGGGAGACUGCCUGCAGCCCAGACAGUCUCCCCACGGCAGAUUAGGACCCCUGUGGCCAUGUGAUCGCUUAACACAGCGAUCACAUGGUCACAAUAGGUGUCCAUAGUGCUGCCUGCAGGGGGACUGCCUGUGCUGACAGGCAGUCUCCCUGCAACUGUAAAAUCAGAAAAAAAAUUAAAGUUAAUGGUAAUAAAAAAAAUAAUAAUAAUUAUAUAUGUAUAAAUAUGAUAUAUAGACAUAUAUUAUAUCUAUAUAAUAUAUGUCUAUAUAUCAUAUAUAUAAUGUCAUACUAAGUGUAUUUUUAUAUUAAUAUGUACUUAUAUUAAUAUAAAAAUACACUUAUAAUUAAAUUACACACGUAUAUAUAUAAUAUAUAUAAUAACUAUAUAUAUUGUAUAUAUAUAUUAUUAUAAAAUAUAAAUAAUAAGUAAUUUAAAUUAAAUAAAUUUUUUUUUAAAUAAUAAUAAAAAUUUUAAAAAAAAUUAUAUAGCUAUAUGAAAUUUUAUUCUAACUGUAUUUUAAAAUUAAUAUAUAUAUAUUUAUAUCAAAAUACACUUAGAAUGAAUUUGUAUAUAUAUCUAUGUAUAUAAAAAUAAAUAAAAAUAAUAAGAAAUAUACAUACGUCCAUAUACAAAAUUACAUAAAUAAUUAUAUAAAUAUACACGUAGACUUCAAAUAUAUAAAUAUGCAUAUAUAUUUAAAUUCUACGUGCGUAUUUAUGUAAUAUUUUUACAUAAUUCAGUAAUUUUAUUGAUUGCAAUUUGAGGGACCUGCCUGCCAACCCAGGCCGAAAUUCCAGAGAAUUUAAUUUGCUAGCACUGUAUUUUACCCUGUAACGUUCUACGACACCCUAAAACCUGUACAUGGGGGGUACUGUUUUACUCGGGAGACUUCGCUGAACACAAAUAUUAGUGAUUCAAAACAGUAAAACAUAUCACAGCGAUGAUAUUGUCAGUGAAAGUUACUUUUUUUGCAUUUUUCACACACAAACAGCACUUUUACUGAUGAUAUAAUUGUUGUGAUACGUUUUCCAGUUUUUAAACACUAAUAUUUGUGUUCAGCGAUGUCUCCCGAGUAAAACAGUACCCCCCAUGUACAGGUUUUAUAGCAUUUUUGAAAGUUACAAGGUCAAAUAUAUGGGUCAAAUAUUUUUACAUUGAAAAUGGCCAGGUUGGUUACGUUGCCUUUGAGAGCGUAUGGUAGCCCAGGAAUGAGAAUUACCCCCAUGAUGGCAUACCAUUUGCAAAAGAAGACAACCCAAGGUAUUGCAAAUGGGGUAUGUCCAGUCUUUUUUAGUAACCACUUGGUCACAAACACUGGCCAAAAUUAGCGUUCAAUUUAGUUUUUUUACUUUUUUCACACACAAACAAAUAUGAAUGCUUACUUUGGCCAGUGUUUUCGACUAAGUGGCUACUAAAAAAGACUGGACAUACCCCAUAUUGAAUACCCUGGGUUGUCUACUUUAAAAAAAAUAUGUACAUGUGGGGUGUUAUUCAGAGAUUUAUGACAGAUAAUAGUGUUACAAUGUCACUAUUGAUAAAUUUUAAAAAUGUAUGUUUUGAAACCGCAAUAUCCUACUUGUACCUAUAGCCCUAUAACAUGCAAAAAAAAGCAAAAAAGCACGUAAACACUAGGUAUUUUUAAACUCAGGACAAAAUUUUGAAUCUAUUUAGCAGUUUUUUUCAUUCGCUUUUGUAGAUGAGUAAAAGAUUUUUCAAGUAAAAGUCAAAAAACAUGUAUUUUUUUCAAUUUUUCAUCAGAUUUUUGUAUUUUUUUUAAAUUAAAAUACAUGAGAUUAUAUAAAUAAUGGUAUGUAAAGAAAGCCCAUUUUGUCCUGAAAAAAACAAUAUAUAAUUUGUAUGGGAACAGUAAAUGAGAAAGCGGAAAAUUACAGCCAAACACAAACACCACAAAAGUGUAAAAAUAUUCCUGGUCGCAAAUGUACAACAUCGCAAAAACAGUCCAGUCCUUAAGGGGUUAAAUACUUUAUUAUUAUUAUUAUUAUUAUUGUAUUUGCAAAUGGUAUUUAUUUUAGUAUUGGUGAUGAAUGGGUAUUGUUGCAUAUUCUGACUUUGAUCUCCUGGAAAAGUGGAACUUAUUUUUAAAGAACUGCAGAAUCCCACAUCUCUGCAUCAUGCCUGAAAUUGCUUCUUUUUUGUAUUUUAGGACACAUUAAUUUGUACACUUGCACAGGUUCUUUGCAUCAUUCAGUAGUCCUUUUUAUUUAUCAUUUUGCGUGGUAAGAACACAUUAGCCCUCUGUGCACUUUUACAGUGGGAAAGAAAAUGUGAAAAAGUAGUGUUAAUCCCAGGCAUAAUAUGGAUAGUUUUUGAUUCCCUAACAAGUUAGUAUAGGAUGCCUUGCUCUCAAAGUCAGCUCAUUACAUUAAUACUUGCAGUGCUCUGUGCACUUAUGAAGAAGUGGCCAAGUAUUUAGAGCAUCAUGGCAACAAUUACCCUGAAUACAGAAGUACCACUGAGGUAAUUGUUUUUGUCCUCACAGUGCUUUAUUAGUAUUUACUGGUGUAAGGGAACAAUGUACUGGCUUUCCCACUUAAGUGACAAUUUUUUUUUUUUUUAGUGGACUCCAACCACCAGAUCCACUAUAGCUUUAUGUAGUAGUUCUGGUACUAAAGCAAGUCCCUGCCAUCUAACAAACACUGCCAGUGUGUAGUAUACAGAGCCAUAUAUAGCUUCCAAGACAGUUUUGUCUAAUUUUGUUGUAUGACACACACUGCCCCUCUUCUGAGAAAUAGCAGUGUUUUCACUUUUGUCCCUAAGAAUACCUCUAGUGGCUGUCACCCAGACAGCCCCAGAUGUGCUUCCUGUUGCUGUCCUGCAAUUUUUGCAGGACUGAUGUUCAGCAUCGUCACACAUGUUGUUAUAGAGCUGUAUUGAGCUAAUGCAUCUCUGUGUGGAGACACUGGAUGGUGCAGCAUGGUGUCAGCAGCACAUAUGGUCACCCAGUGAUUUUCUGCUGAAAAACAUUGAUAUGGCUGAUAUCACCGAUAAUCUCAAUUUGGGAGGAGUGGCAGACAAAUGGUGAGCAACCUUUUUUUUUAAUUUUAAACUUUAAAAUGGCAGCUUUAAAAAUUAAAGGGGCACUAUAGUCUCCAGAACAACUACAGCUUAUUGUUUUUGUUCUGAUGAGUAGAAUCAUUCUCUUCAGGCUUUUUGCUGUAAACACUGUCUUUUCAGAGCAAAUACAGUGUUUACACUGCAUCCUAGGGAUACCUCCACUGGCCACUCCUUUACUGCUAGAGGUGUUUCCUAUUGCAGUGACUGUGCAGCACUGCCACUCAGUGUCUUCACCCUCUGCAUGGAGACACUGAAAUUUCCUCAUUGAGAUGCAUUGAUUCAAUAUAUAUCUGAGGAGAUGCUGAAUGGUGAGGUCUGUGUUUGGCUUGUGCUGGCUCUACUGAACUGCUUCCUUGCCCUUCUCAGCCAAUCUAAUGCUUUCCUAUAGGAAAUCAUUGUGAUUUGGCUUAGAUCAACACUUCUGAUGUCAGCCAAGCAGGCAGAUCAGAGGCACAGCCAGCAGCAGCAGACUGCAAUAAAAGUAAGAUGUUACUGUAUUAGGGAGUGGGGGGGGGGAGCUAGUUUUUACUCUAUAGGGUCAGGAAUACAUGUUUGUGUUCUUGACCAUAUAGUGUUCCUUUUAAAGUAUACAUGUAGCACAAUUUUUAUUUAUGUUUCAUAAUACAAAUAAGGACUGAGUAACACCAUCAUGAGUGCAAUGUAGAUGUGUAUGAACUCUGCAACCUGUUCUUCAAGUAUUUUAAAUGUCCUUCUGUCCCUGCUUCUUCUGUGUUUAACAGGUUUUGUUUUGUUUAUCUUAUGUUCUUUGUACUGAUCCUGCAGGUUAUGUCAUGCCCAUGUCUGGAGGGUAUUUAUCUGACAGAGCCUCAGAAUAUGUAUGACUUGCUCUGCACUCCUUCUGCUCAUCGCCUGGACAUCUUGGAGUGGAUAUGCACAAGGUAAUAACUCUCUGCUUUCCAAUAUCUAUUUUUCCAACUUAUCACAUAAAUAUAAUGUGAAACACUGCUACACUCUAGCAGUAAUUACCUUGCAGGGUUAACUCAACCUCUAGUGGCUGUCUACUAGACAGCCACUAGAGGGCACUUCCUGGUCCAUAGCACAGAAAACCUGUGCUAGAGCAUCGCUGGACGUCCUCACGCUGUGAGCUUUCCUAUGCAGAGCUUUAAUGCGCAUUAGGUCUCCGCGACAUGCGGGAUCAGUCUCUCCCACCUGUCGACGUAGGAGGAGCAUGGGCAGAGCUGAGUCAGCGCUGAGGGACAUCGGCACUGGACCCAAGUAAGUGACAGAAUGGUGAUGGGCCUUGAUAGAAGGGGAAGCUACAGUGCCAGGAAGACAAGUUUGUUUUCCUGGCACUAUAGUUUCCCUUUAAUUCAGAAAUUGCAGAUAACCGUAUCUUGGUGGAAACCAGAUGGCAAUCUCAAUACAAUCUCUACCAAUCUUUAUACUAGUGACCAAAUUACAACAGCUGCCUGCAGGAAAUGAUGUGUUAAAAUGGCACAGUAAGCAGAUAAAGCUCCUUGUAGUGGUUAUGGUGCAAAUAGCCCUUGGUUACUGUCUCCCAAGUUUGUGUCAGACCAUUUUUUGAGAUAUGGCCAAAUGGUGGACUUUUGUGACCCCUCUGAAUUGAACUUCAGUGUUGGCAAUACAUCAAACUUUGGAUGACAAAAAUAGGUUAAGUUGGGGUCGUUGUCUGGUUUCUCUGACAUCUCCAUAAAUACAAGCCUUAACACAAAGAACAUCAAAUUAAUGUGCAGUCUAGUAACUUUUUUCACCUCAUUGUGUGUGUAUAUGUUUAGUUAUAUAGAUUUUAAAGUCUUCAUUGUGCUAUUGAUACAAUAUUACGCUAAAAUCAAGUCCACAUAUAAAGAACAAUUUUGUUUAUAAAUUGCAGCUCAAGAAGCAAUAUCGCACUUAAUUUGCUUUAUCUUUGUAGAGAUUUGCUACUUAUCAUGCUGCAGGAAUUCUCAUAAAAAAAUGGAAUGUGUUUUCUUACAGAGUAUAUCCACCUCUUCAAGACCAGUUGUCUUCUUUAAAAGAAUCCCAAGUGGAUGUUAAAGUGAAAGGUAUUUUUUUUUUUUUUUUUUUUUUGUUAAAUAUGAUUACAGAAGACAAUGCUUAUAAAUAUAAAUCGUUUGUACAAAGUUAUGAUUUAAAAUAUUGAUGGAGUGUGCUAGUGUUGUCAUAACUGUACACAUCACACACAGUGAAACUGAGAUCUAAAGAAUCUGUUUGGAUUAUAUUAAGGUUUCUCAGUAAGUCUGUCCAGCACAGAAACAUGUGGGAAAAAAAAAAUUAAAAUAUCUGCAUGCAUCAUCAAAAAUCAUGUUUCCAGACUUCCGCAGUUCAGUUUUCGUGUGUCCAUGCUCUGGAACCUGGCGUGCUUUUCUGCUGCUGUCGCCCAACAGCUUCAAAGUUUGACAUGCUUACAGUAUUCACCAAUUUAAUCACAGCAGUGCAUAGUUACAUAGUUACAUAGCUGAAAAGAGACUUGCGUCCAUCAAGUUCAGCCUUCCUCAGAUUUGUUUUUUGCUGUUGAUCCAAAAGAAGGCAAAAAAACCCAGUUUGAAGCACAAUUUUGCAACAAGCUAGGAAAAAAAUUCCUUCUUGACCCCAGAAUGGCAGUCAGAUUUAUCCUUGGAUCAAGCAGUUAUUACCCUACGUUGAAAGAUUAUAUCCUUGAAUAUUCUGUUUUUGCAAGUAUGCAUCUAGUAGCUGUUUGAACAUCUGUAUGGAUUCUGAUAAAACCACUUCUUCAGGCAGAGAAUUCCACAUCCUGAUUGUUCUUACAGUAAAAAAACCUUUCCUUUGCCUUAGGCGAAAUCUUCUUUCUUCCAGUCUAAACGCAUGGCCUCGUGUCCUAUGUAAAGUCCGGUUUGUGAAUAGAUUUCCACACAAUGGUUUGUAUUGGCCCCGAAUAUAUUUGUAUAAUGUUGACUUUAAAAUUCCAAAUUACGCAAAGUUAAAGGAAUUGUGAUGUGGCGCCAUGAAAUUAAAGAGCAAUAGGAAUACAAAUAUGUAUUUGAAAAGCUAUAGUGUUCCUCUAUCUUUCUUCCCUCGACACGCUGGUCUCGCAGUGGCCACUCCAUUUCCAUGGUAAGCCAGUGCUUUCUCAUAGGAAAGCAUCGGGCGGAUGGUGCACAUGAGUAACAAAUCUACGCAUUGCGCAUAUCAAAUGCUGCUCAAAGAAGCGCCUCUAGUUGGCUGUUGGGAAGAUGGCCACUAGAGGUAUGUUUAAUCCUACAAAACGUGUUAAAAUGAAAGGGCCACUGCACCUAGAACAUCUAACUGAAUGUGCUUAACAAAUCAGUUAAGUGAAUAUUAUUCUAACAGAACUUGCACUCAAAACGAACCACAGAAAAAGUAGAAUAAAUUGGAAUGCUUUAAUUACAGUAAUAAAUUGUGUUAAACGCACACUUUUAAAUUUAUAUCUACAGCAAACAGAUCUAUAUCUGUGCAUUGUGACUCAUAAAACCUACAAUGGAUAAGAUCACAUCUUGCUAUUAGAACGUGCAAUGUGUAUAGUAUUUUAUUCUGUAUAUUAAUCUAAUCUUUUGCUUGGCAGAAAUGGUGAGGCUUGGCUUUGAACUUCUGCUUUGCAGUUCUGAUGACAUGGACCUUAUUAAGGUAAGAUUUAUUUUAUUUUUUAUUUUUUUCUGUUUUGCUUGUAUUUAAUAUAGUUGAAGUGAACUUGUUGGGAUGAGCCUUUUUUUUUGCUGUGCACCGAGAUAGAUAUAGAUAUAGAUAGAUAGAGAUAUAUAGAGAGAGAUAGAUAGAUAGAUAGAUAGAUAGAGAGAGAUAUAGAUAUAUAUAUAUAUAUAUAUAUAUAUAUAUAUAUAUAUCUCUAUCUCUCUCUAUAUAUAUAUAUAUAUAUAUAUAUAUAUAUAUAUAUAUAUAUAUAUAUAUAUAUAUAUAUCUCUCUCUCUCUCUCUCUCUCUCUCUCUCUCUCUCUCUCUCUCUCUCUCUCUCUCUCUCUCUCUCUCUCUCUCUCUCUCUCUCUCUAUAUAUAUAUAGGAGAGAGUAUAUAGGCAUAUAUAUAUAUAUACAUAUAUAUAUAUAUAUAUAUAUAUAUAUAUAUAUAUAUAUAUAUAUCUAUCCCCAACAAAUUCUGCAGCACUAUACAAUGGGUGCACUAACAUGUAAAUUGUAACCAGACAAGUUUGAUGCACAGAAACAGAGGGGUUGAAGGUCCUGCUUAAGUUGGGCCUAAGGAAGUGGACAGCCAUCCAGUUAGAAAUAGCAGAGAGGCAGUCAGACACUUGUCAAGAGGGGCGGGGAAAGAAAUUUGCUUGUCAUCCGCAUAGAAGUGAUAUUGGAAGCCAAAGAAGCUGAUGAGUUUAGGCAAUAUAGAUGGAGAACAGUAGGGGACCAAGGACUGAACCUUGGGGGACCCCAACAGAGAGGUUGGGAGAAAGAGGCAGAGCCAGAGAAAGAGACACUAAAAGAGCACUAUGAGUGAGGUGGUGCAGAUGUAAUUUUGCAUCACAUACAUUUUCCUAUACCUUUUGUGUUUAGAGCCACUCUUUUCAAAGCAUGAACACAGACACAUGGAUGGAUAAUGAAGUGACAUUUACUUGUUGUGAUCUAAUAAGCUGGAGGGGGUUAGAUUUGGUACUAGGAAUCCCUUGGUUUUUGCAAAAAAGAAUUGAGUAGUUUGAUAAAACUGGAAGGACUUUAACUUUCCUAAAACCAUACUACAAUAAUGCUGUAGUGCAUAUAGUCCUUGGAGUGUCACUAUGCAAUAUUUUAAUAGAAAACAUAACUGGUGUAAAUUAUAGACAAGAAAGAUAGAGGUCCCCCUGAGGAUAAUACUCCCCUAGGAAGAAUUAAGUAAGAAUAAACACAAAAAACCCUAUAUAAACAUACUCUCUCUAUAUAUACUGUACCUCGUGGUAAGCGAAAGUUUCAAAAAAAGUGCCACCUUAACUCAACCAAUGCUGUUAUGAUUGGGAAAGAUUCCUUUAUUCGAUGCUUGGAUAAGUAAAAAGUGGCUUAUCUCCUAAAUGUCUACCAUAAUCCAGGGUAUAUAAACUAGAUACUUAUAACGUGAAAAGGAUCAAAAUGUGUCCAGGGUAAUAUAGGGAUGUAGAGGAUAAUUCUUUGCUGCAUAUAUAGGAUCCUAAGCACCCUUUAGACACAAGUGAGACAAUGUUUCCACUAGUACAAAGUUACAGAAAGUAACCAAUAUUAAUGUGACUUACAACCUCAUUAAUACUUGAACUAAAUGGGGGAACAGCGAUAGUCCUAACAGAGAAUCUGUCCUGAUCAAAAUAAUGAGUGCAAGAGAGGGAGAGGAGAGGAUGGGGGAAUCUCAGAGAAAUGGAUGUUUCCACACUAGAUGAUAACCAGAAUAUCCUGAUAGUAAAUACCCCCAAGUGGACAAUACAAAAAGGUUUGGCGUGCUGUCCCAAGGUAUUAGAGACGGGUAUCUUUGGACUUUUGGUAUUGUCCAUUUGGGGGUAUUUACUAUAAGGCUAUUAUGGUUAUCAUGAAUUUAACAAAGUUGGUUAAAUAGUCCAGUUGACUUAGUGCUGUGUUGUCAGAUUUCAGUAAUGGAGCUAUGCAUCUACAUUCUUUUCUACACAUGUUCAGAUGAUAGACAUUAUUGAUGAACACUGCCUGUCUCUGCACACACGGCUUGUUUAAGCAAAACAAAUGCGUGUUUAUACUUAUAAAAAAGGGAGUUGGGGGCACACUCGGAACAUGCAUUCCUUAGUAGUAGUCUGCCAUAAAGACCAAAAUAUGUAUACAGAUUGGGAAACGGCGCACACAAAGAAAACACUCAGUCAGAGUACCCCAAUAUUGGUGGGACGUACACUAAUUUUAACAUGGGAGAUUUACAUGAUAACUUGCAAUACAUACAGCUUAAACUUAUUCUUGUGGACGGGUGGGUUGUUCAGCCCAUUAGGAAUCUGGCCUUGAUUUCAAUUCUACAUAGACAUGCAUGUUCUGGGUGUGCCAUCAAUACCCUUUUUUUCUAAGUAGUGGUGCUGCCGUAAAGACCAAAAUAUACAAAAUACAGAUAAAGAACAGCGCAAAAAUAGUUUUACACUUUACGAGGCCACUUAAAACCACCCAUCUUGGCAAACCUAUAUGGGGAUUCAGUUACACCAUAUGGCCAUAUUGUGUUAAGCCUGCCACUACAUCACUUAGUGGAUUAUACACCAACUUUAACAUGGGGGAUUAACAUUCUAACUGCAAUACUUAGUGCUUAAACUACUGUAAGUAGCCUUGUAAAGAGAGAGAGAGAAUGUGUGUGUGUGUGUGUGUGUGUUCGUUCCCGCAUGUCCAAUGCCCCAGCGUGUGUUCAAACAAUAUACUGCAACACUUUUUUUUUUAUUUAUUUUUUUAUUUUUUUCAAAAAAUGCCACCUAAAUCUAUUUCUUGCAGGGGCUUGCAAGCCCACAGAAGCAGCUUUCCUUCUUCGGCCAAUUAAUGGACAUCAUUCAGAAUCCUGGAACACUUGCAAGUAACUUGACGGCACAGCCUGUUUCUCUUGGGUAAUGCAAAUUGAUUUUAAAUCAAAAUUGUACCUCUUGUUGUAAAAGACAACAAACAUAUGAAAAUGACUUUGCGACAAAUGCUGCAUUUACUGAUUAAUCUGAUCUUUAGUGGUUCUGUUCCAUAAAGAACUGUCCUCCUCCUUUAAUGAGUGCAGAGACUUCCUAUCUCUGUUCAAUUGACAGGAAGUUACAGUUCUAAGGUUUAUAGGAAGCAGAUAGUAAGGCCUACAUUGAAAGUAAUUGUUCUUUGAGGGGUUAAAUAGACAUGGUCCACUUGAAAGAACUAUUGCUUUAAGGCUUAGUUUCUAUAUACUUCCAAUGUAUUUAGAUUAGAGAAUGUCCUGUGGUAUGAUUGCAAAAAGGUAGUAGUGGUAGUUUGCCUAAAACCUCAUUUGUUUUUAUUUUGACAUUGUCAGUCCAUUUUCCAAGUUGGCAUAGAGGAAUGAUUGUGAUGGCAAGGCUUACUCUUGAAGCUGCACUGUCGAUUUUAAGUUCUUUACAAUUUUUGCUCUCCAUGGUGAAAUGUUUGCUUACACAAUGGCGCUCCGUAGGAGAAUGUGUCUACCAUAAAGCAGCUAUACUUCCUUGAGUUUGGGAUCUUGCUGCUUAAUCUUGCUAGACACUCUCAUUUAUCUAGGAUGUUUAAAAAUUUUAACAAAAGGCAACGAAGUGCAUUAUUUUUAUUUAUUCAUUUUUUAUAUUGCACGUUCUCCUGUAAAUGUAAUACAAAUGUAACUUUUUCCUUUCUCAAAAAAAAUGUUCUCGGUAGUGAUAUAAUGUACAUUGGCUACACGUAAUGCGGAGAUCCGCUAGCAGUUGUGGCACACAUGGUGAGCUCUGAGCAAUGAAACCCUGUACAUUAAUAAAUAUUAUCUAUAAUCAAAGACGACUUUCAAAAAGAAGCACUGUAAAAAUAAUCAUGUAACCAUUUUCUCCUUCCUCUGCACUCAAGGGGGAUUCUAUGAUUGGGAGAGGAGGGAGUUGUGUGUUUUCUAUAUUACUAGUAAGAAACUUUAACCAGGUUAACCUGUAAGGUUUAUCUGUUACCUUUUAUUUCUACUUUUUAUUUUCCUUCUCAGCACUGACAAAACCUUUGUAAACUGUGUUCGAGAAAAUGAAGAACUGUUGAAAGAUCUUUUUACCAGCUCCCAGUUCCAGACCACUCUGUACCCUGAGUGCACUCCGUGGCCAGCUGACCUCAAACCAAUCUUACUGACAGAGGAACCCAUACACAAACGGUACACUGAUCUUCUUCAUGAAAUCAUAGCAAAUGAUUAUUACAUGCGCUGGUAUUUAUUGUAUGUAUGUGUGGUCUUUGACAUGUCUCUUAUUUAGGCCUGCAUUUCAAAUGAUCACAAUUUUGUUUUUUUCCAAAUGAUUUAUCUACAAAAAUUCCUAUAUUUAACCACAUUUAAUGGUUCUUUUUAUAGAUAAAUCACAUGAAAAGUUUUUGUAACAGAUUGAUCAUUUGAAAUGCGGAUCCAAAAGAAUUAAAUUGAGGCUUUGUGUUCAUAAUGGAUUCCCAUUUUAUUUACAUGGAUUGUUGGUGCUGUGUUUGCGGAGUUGUUUGCAUUUUACGGGGCAUGUACCUCUUUUCCAGAAUAAGUGUUUACAGUAUAUCUUUACAAAUGUUUGUUCUGAUUUUAAAAAUGGUAAAUUUUACAUCUUACAAUGGGCUGACACCAGGACACUUUUGGCACAUUAACCACUACAGUGAGCUGUAGUAGUUAUGGUGCUUGGAGCGUUCCUUUAAAGAGACACUAUAGGCACUCUAAUCAUUUUAUCUCAUGGAAUUGGUUAUAUUGCCUGAAGUUUCCUAUCACAGUCCCUCCAUUCAGGUUAUUUAACACCGAAUGAGUGUCUCUGACAACUCAAAGCCAGGAACCCAAUGGCGGUAUGCCUAAGGCAGAGUUUGUGACCCUCUUUAGUCGUGCCAUUAUUGGGCGGCUGUGAUAGGCUGAAAGCUGUCAGCGACACUCAUUGCUUUUCAGUCUAGUGCUUCCUUGUUGGCUAGAGCAGCACAGGUGGAUGGGCUGAUGAGGAUUCUUGUGUAGCAAACUAUUAACACUGAUUGGAACGAUGGCACCAGGGAACUCCAGACACUAAAACCACUUCAGUGAGAUAAAGCAGUUAUAGUGGCUACAGUAUCCCUUUAAUUUCUCUAUUUUCUGCCUAGAGGAAAGCUGCUCCUUUGCUAGCAGAACAAAUAAUGUCCACUUCUUCCUGCGGAAAAAAUCUAAGCUGCACGAUUUGUAAAUGAAAAAAGCAAGUGUUCCAUAUUUUAUAAAAAAUAGAAUGAUGCAAAAUCUGUCUUCUCCCUCCCCAGGACACUUCAGUCCAAUAAGGAUGUAAUGAGUGACUCUUUAGAAGCCUUACAGAAAAUCUCUUCCAGUCUUCAAGCAUUGAAAGAAGAAGUGAGUUCAAUCGUUUUCUUUCUAGUCCUUUAUUUUAAUUAUCUGUAAGCACGUACCGUAGUUACUGAUGACUUUGCUAAUAAAUAUUUUGCAUUUAUAUUUCACUCCUACCCAGGAGCAUCAGGCUUGGAUUGUGUUGGACACUGUAUAUGGCAUACCUCCCAACUCUGUCAUCCAGAGGGCUUGCAUGUGUUUUAUAAGUCUUUGCAAGUCUUCAUAAAUGUACUAAUUCCCAGUGACCCAACAUGUAUACAUUUACUAAGGGUAUUGUGCUGAAACUUCUCUGAAUGUGAAAUAUAUAUUGAUUGAUUUAUUUUAUUUGCGCAGAGUGUUUUCCUGAAAAGCUCUGUUCCCGGCAGCGAUACCAUCCUACAAACGCUAAGGUUGGCACUAACUGAUCUUUACCAGCUUAUAGCUGCCUUCACUCAAGUUUAUGAAAACGAGUUUCAAGACCACUGCGGCCAUCCAACUCCUCAGCUUAGCCCUUCAGGACCCCUCUUUCAGUCUGUUCACCGUUCUCUAAGUAUCUGUAGCAAGGUAAAUUUACACUUGUGUCUUAAUCUCUUGAAAAAUCUGUCUAAAUCAGGAGUCAGGACUUGACAUAUCUAGGGUGUGUGUGUGUGGUAACACCCAAAUGGCGCUGAGGAUUUCUUUCUCCAGGCCAUGGAAAAAUCAGUAGAUUUUCCUUAAGUGCACCCAUUGUCUUCAAAGGAACAGUUUGUCUGUGUAUGCUGGAAAAGCAUCUUCAAGGCUUUUUUGGCAAUGCCGGCAAGAUGUCAUCUCCUGUCAGUUACUCACAAGUCGUAGACAUUAUUGCGGGAGUUCAUUCUCUUACUCAAUCUCUUUAUCAUUCUUUUAUAUGCACUUUUUAUUUUUAUUUUUUUAGAUCUAUAUACUUACACAUGGAGACAUAUCUAUAAAACUUUUUGUUUGCACUUUGUUUGGUUUGAUUUUGAUAUGUACAGCUAUAGAAGGUUUUGUAUUUUGCACUUUAUAUACGACUUGAUAAAGACGCAUGCAGUAUCAAAACAUUGCCCAUUUCCUGGGAUGUAUGAAUAUCACCAUUACACUAUUGAAUGCUGUCUGCCGGAGUCUUAUUUUUCCAAGGCGGGAGUCUGUCACUCCUUAACCCUUUGGGAAUUUGAGGAGCGGCCAAAGCAUUUCUGGCACUGAAGAGAUAAAGAAAGGUAUAAUUUUUAGGGAGAAUUGCCUUGGUAUAAGUAUUUUAUGUUGUAGAAAAUGUAGCUUUCCUUUUUCAUAUUGCUAGAAUGGUUUCUCAUUUCCACUGUCAAAAUCCUUUUAGAUGUUUUUAUAUUUCCACCAUAGCCAUGUAACCACUUUAGACCCAAAGUAGUAUUGCAGUAGCUAUUUUUUUUUGGUGUGUGUUUUCUUGACACUUCUAAACGGUCAUGAAUGGUAUUUAAGUUUAAGCAUGCAUGGGAUAGGCAUAAGGCUAUCCUAACUAUAAGAUAAGGCUAGGGACUAAUGAAAGUUUUUAGAAAAUUGGGCAGACUAGAUGGGCCGAAUGGUUCUUAUCUGCCGUCACAUUCUAUGUUUCUAUGUAUUGUUCUGCUAACCGUCUUAUUAUUUUAUAGCUGAACUCUUUACGUUUGUAUAGUUGAAAAGAUGUUCAAUUAAUUCUAUAAUUUCAAUAGGCGUUCUUAGAACAGUCACCUAAUUUCAGCAUAACUGCAUGCUACAAGUGAGCGUGCAUGAUUUCGGUGAGUUAUGUUAUAUAUAAAAAACUAAUUUUCAUAAAUAUAAAAGUAAAUCCUUGAAAAAAAGAUAUAAGCCUAGCUCUGUUCGACACUUGCUAAACAGUCAGUGAUCCUCACUAUCACAGAUAACCUAAAGACACAUGACAGAAAAGACUGGUUCUUUGGUGUAUACUACAUGCAAGCAAUACACUUAUCUUCUCUUUCUUCCAACACAUACUUUAUCCUUUCACUUCAUUGUGUCCUUCAUUGUGAUUUUUAGGAACUAGAAGCUAUUGCCCAGUUUACGGAAACAUCUGAGAACAUCUCCGGAGUGGUCAGACAAAGGGAACAGUCCAAAGAUACAUGGGGAGGCAGCAGAUUCACCACAUUAUGUAAGUAUUUCUGACCAGCUAUUUAAUUUCUUUGUUUUCUUCUGGUCAUUAUUUUAUUUUUUGUUUUGUCUUGUUUUUUUUGUUUAAACCUAUAGCUUUAAAUAUUAUGAUAAAGCUGUUUUGAAAUCUCAUCCAGUCCAUCUUUUGCUUCUCUUCUGUAAGAGUUGGUGUUUAGAGUGUCCUUUUAAGGCUGGGGACAGAAACGCCACUUCCUCCUGUUGUGCCUUGACACUAUUAUUUUUAUUUUAUUUUUUUUCUCUCUAAUGAUUAUUUAUUAUUAACACAAAGCAUAUUUAUUUUCCCUAGAAAUGUGAAUGCCUAUAACUCCUAGGCAAACAUUUUACUCCGUUUUAAGUCAUGGUAAAUUAUUUUUGGGAUAUAUAACUUGCGUAUGUGGCACGUUAAAAUCUUAAGAUGUGGACUUGUGAAGGUGGAAAAAAAAAAAAACACACGCUAACAAUUCAUACAGGGUUAUUAACAGAAUUUUUGCAAAUACAAUCCAUAUGACAAAACUGAGGCAAAAAUAGGUAAUCUGGAAAAAAUCUCCAACUCAACCCAAGGACACAACUUGGCUAAUUUUUGCCUUUUUUAAUAUUUUAUUUUCAUGCAGAUUCAAUUGGCAAAGAUUCUUAGUUCAGUAUACAAAAAAAAUGCAGGGUUGUGAUUUUACCAUGGAUUAACAGUUUGAGUGAAAUGUUAGCCUAAGAGUUUGGUGGGUUUUUUUUUUUUUUUGUUUUUUUUUUUACCUUUACAUGUAAGCACAAAUUUGCAUGUCAACUAAAUUUAAUAGUUCCUACAGCAACUGACGAAUAUGGUAAACAUAAAAUUCUUUAGGUGACCUGUACUUGCAGUUUCAGUAAUUGUUUGUGGUUUUGUAAUUCAACUAAUGCGAUAUCAUUCUUCAUUAAUUCUCUUUUUUUUCUUUUUUUUAAAUAUAUAGCUGAGAAAAUUAAGGAACUGAAACAAAACUACGAGGCAUUCCAGGGGUCCUUACACGAGUAAUAGAAUCAUUAUUUUUGUAUCUAGAAAAGAUCAGCUUGAGGAAAUGGCAUGCAAUGUAGGUGUGAGCCUAGAUUCUAAUUUACAAGCAGGUGUAACUGUAAGAAAGGAUUCAGUUUGUCAACCGCAACUGCUAGUUAUGCAGUAACUGUAGUCUUGAAGGUUUACUUUUCAAACUGCUUGAUUCUGCAGGUUCCCUGCUUGGUAAGUUGGAAGAUAUAGCUACUUGCUGUUGUCUGAUGCAUCAUAAAAUGCAGGGAAGCCGUGGCGUAUCAUAUUCUCAUGGACUGUUGAUUUAUGCCCGCUACGCUAAGUGGCCGCACCUCCCCUCAACUGUGGUGUGUGUUUUUAAUUAAGAAUACAGGCAUGCUGCUCUCAUCUGCAUAACAAUCUGCUGUAACUUUGUCCUUGUGAAUCUGCAUUUCUCUAAAGCCUUGUCUCAUGUUACAGACUGUGUGUUCACUUAAUUAAUGUUAAUCACCAGUUUAAUGUUAAACCCGUUGAGAAACAUAAGGUUAAAGUGAAGAUUGCAGAAAUUUGUCUGAUUGUCAGCAAAUUCCAUCCAAACUGUACUGAACACCAACAUCCCGAGUCACUUAUACUAACAGAGAUCUCCCAAGCUGUUUGCUGCCUUAUUUAAUGGCUUUCAGUAAAGAGCGGGGGAACUCCCCAAAGAAAUAGUGAUGGUUUGAUUAAUGCAUGGAUUAAACUGUUCUAAGCAUACAUUGUAUAAAUUGGUGUAAUUUAUGAAUACCCUGUGUUUAAAAGGGUACGGUAUUAUACCUUUUUGUUUAAUCUUUUUUUUUUUUUGUGUGUGUGUGUGUGUUUGUACUUUUUAAAUCUAUGGUAGUAUAGUGUUAAAGUAAUUAGGAAUAAAAGUAUUUUUCUAUAUGAUUAGCUAUUUAAGUUUAAUCAAUCUGUAAUCCUUCCUUGCUCUUCCAAGAGUCUAAUUUUGGUUGUAUAUAUUAUAUUUCUGCAUGGUAUUCCUGGCCUAACACGGUCUGUAGUUUUGUAGGAUAUUGUUGCCCCACAAUGCAUGAUUCCCCAAGACAGUGAAUGUUGCAAGCCAGGUAUUUGGAGACAAUGAAACACAAAGUUCGGUCAUAAAUCCUAAGCGAAUAAUGGAGCCUCCAAUUGGCUGUCCCACUAACAUGUACAAUUCAUGAUUAAGGUAACCUGUCAAGGUGCAGAAACAUAGUUAUCGGAACCUUAUUUUGUUUUCUAAGCACAAACUGACCUGAUGGGAAGUUAAAUGUUGUAAACCUUGCUACAUACAAAAACCAUUAUUUUGUAUUAGGUUAGAAGUGUAAUCUAUUUUUAGAUUGAAAAUGUAUUACAUAUAUUCAUAAUAUAAGUUAAGGUAUUUGGUUGGAAGCUUAACACAUGCAUCCCACAGCGCAGUAUCAGGCCGAAGCCCAAAUUACUUAUGGGAUUUACUGUACCGUGUUAUUUUAGAAGAUUUGGCGCACCCCGCACAUGUCCCUGAAAGUUCUUCUUAAAUUGUGUUCAAUACAAGAUAUAGAUAUUGUUUAAAGUACUCUAGUACGUUGGUACUUCAUAAGCUUUGUCUGUGGUUUUUUUUCCUUUUUGUUUUUGUUUUUUCUGACAGAUUUUUACAUGCCUUUAAUAAAUUGUCCUAUAAUUUUAUCCUGCUGAAAUAAUUAUUCUUGCACAGAAUAAAAUGGGGGGGAAAAAAGAAAACUGAUGUGAAUUAUUUAUACAUUAAAUCAACACCAUUUUCAAUUAUUGCUUAUAAAUUAUUCAUUUGGCAUGAAAUAUAUAAAGACACAUAGUCCACACUUAUACUGGUGAUUUCAUGGUCCUCUCCUUUGAGCUGGAAGAAGGCACAGUCCUGUGAGUGCCUGACUUUUUUCCAAUGGGGAGAUUUGUAAUUGCUUGGAAGCUUUGAGUCUGACGUCCGCUUCCACGUGCUGCUGGGGAAAAAAAUAAAAUAAAAUAUACAGUUAUUCUCUAAAGUAAAAAUUUACAGUCAAAAUUGCCAAACUGGAAACCUUUACAGCUUUGCUGUCAGAUUGACUACUCUGGUGUAAAAUGUUAACAUUCACGAUGAAUUCUCCCUUUAGUAAAUAACCAUGCUAAUCUUUAAUAAUAGAGGUUGCAAGGUGUAAGAUAACAAAUCCUGUCUUCUGGUAGAACAAUAGUGUAUAGAAGGGUUCGAGGCCGGACAGCUGUGCACAUGGAGCCCUAGCAGCAGGGACACAAGGUGGCAGACUUUGCUCGCACACGCACUGGGUGACUGGCAUGAGGGUGCACAGAACAUGCAUGUGCUGCAGGUAGCACUAUAAAGUGUGGCUGCGCGUCACCCAGGUUAAGGAUUUCAUUAUCCUCCACCAGGGUCUAGCAGGGUUAAAUGAGCAGUGGGUGUAUUUUUAUCUGAAUAUAUACCCAUCACACAGAGUUAAUAGACAUAUCACACGCAGUCAAUACACCUACUACAAAUAUCACACACACAGCCCUCAUGCUUAUUACACAAAGACAAUGCACCCAUUACAUCAUACACCUUACUUUGUUUUAUAAUUGGGGGAACAAUGUGAUACGCUCAUAGGCACAUUACUGGGAAUUGUAUUGUUGAGGAGCUCUGUGAUAAACUGGUACACCAUAUAGUGCUGUGAGAGCCUGCCCUGCAGUGGAGCUAAGUGAUAAAUGGUUAAACACAGAGAAUGCCUUUGAGGUUCUUUUUCUGCCAAGGAAGUCAAGGAAAAUGCAGAGCUCCAAAGCAAAACCACUCACAGCAGACCAUGAGUAGCUGUCUCACAAGUUACAGCCAAUCAAAGCAUUGCCACAAUCUACCACAGCAAAGCUCUUACACUGUAAAGGACUGAUCACACAAGACCGUUACUCAUGGUCUGCACCUGGCAGAGGUACAUACUGUAUUCCCAGCACACUGGACCACCAGAGAUCAGUAUGCACCAGUAUC